GAGAGAAAGAGCACAGAAGAUUGAAAGGAAACAUAAAGAAAGAAAAAAGUGAUUUUACCAAUAACAAGGGGUAAAAUUCCUCAACCACCAGGGGGUUGCUUCAAGGAGAUGAUCAGAAUCAACACCAGCCUGACCACUAUGCUGCCUGUCUUUGUUCUGUUGGUGCUGCAGACAGCCCCAGUGAGUGGAGUCUCCCACGACAGCAUUAAGAACGCUAUGCUUCACAAGCUUGGCCUAAGUGAAGUGCCACAAAUGGAGAAGAGGGACCUUGAGAAGGUGGUGGUGCCGACACAUCUCCGGAACAAGUACAUGUCCAUGCUAAAACGGCACAAGGAGAAGGAGAGGAAGCGGAGAGCCCUGCCCAGCCUGGCCGGCAUCUUGCGAGAAAUUACAGGUAAUGCAGACCUUGUAGGCACAACCGAAGACGUGCUGUACUCGGGCCCCACCCGGCAGAGGCUGGUUUUCGACAUGAAGGGGCUGAUCCCGGACAACAGCGAGGUGACCAUGGCAGAGCUCAAGCUCUUCAAGAAGGGCGUCCACAAGGGGGAGCUCCCACCCAGGAAACACAGCCCGCCAGUCAACAACGCCAGGGUCAGUGUGUACUGGGUCAAGACCCUGGCCGACGGCACCAACAGCACCUCACUCAUAGACUCCAGGUUGGUUCCUAUCCUCGACUCUGGGUGGGAAAGCUUGGACGUCACACAGGCCGUGUACUACUGGAUGAAGAAUGCAGACACGCCCAUGCACCUGGAAAUCUGGAUUGAGGCAGAGCGCAUGGGCAGCUACGCAGCUGAAUUGGCCAAACUGGUGCACUUCACCACUCAAAGCACUGCUGACCAAGUACUGAGCAAACCAGAAUUAGUCCUCUAUACUCUCAACCUUGAAGAAUAUGGGAGCACUGGUGACUGUGGUGCAGAGAAAGGCAGGACAUGCUGCAGGCAGGAGCACUUCAUCAGCUUCCGGGACCUGCCGUGGACCCAGUACUGGAUCAUCGAGCCCCCUGGUUACCAGGCCUUUCGCUGCCUUGGGGGUUGCAAGCAGCCACGGUGGCCUUUUGAUUAUGGAGAGAGGAGCUGUGUGGGGGUGAAGAGCACUUCGCUGCCUGUGAUGUACCUGAUGAAGAUGGGCAACUACACGGAGAUCGAGGUGGCUGAGUUCCCCAACAUGAUCACCGAGAAGUGUGGCUGCACCACCAACAAUGUCUCGGUCAUAUAGCAGCAACGUCAAAGAACUAUACAACACCUGAAACCUAUUUCUCUUAAAUCUCCUAUGAAAGCAGAAAUGAAAUUCAGAAAGCACUUUAUGUAAAUAGUGGGAUUUGAAAAUGUAUAUUUUUACUAUUUUCUUUCUGUAAAAAAAAUUACUAUCAAUGGCAUCUAUUGGCUGGAGUCAAUUCCUUACGAAGUUAUGUAAGGACGGGUGAGACAGGUAAAACUUUUAAGUAGUAUUCUCAUGCUAUUGUCCAGAGUACAUUCUUACAUAUACAAUGGAAUCAGCAAUUGAGAGAGGGGCUAGAGAAUCAGUCUGACUGCAAAUAGGCAGAACUUGUAUUAACAUGACAACAAUGACGAGAGUUGACAGAUAGACAAAAUGAGGAAGUAUAGUGUGUGGAGAAUUUUGGGUGAGGGGAUGAACUGGAGGGCAUGCAUACAAGGUGAGAGGGAGAGUCCAAGGGAGAUGGGCGAGGCAAUAUUUUUUUUAACUUCAGAAAGUAGUAGGUGUCUGGUAUGAGCUACCAGCGGUAGUGGUGGAGGCAGAUAUGACAGUGGCAUUUAAGAGGCUUUUGGAUAAGCACAUGAACAUAGAGGGAUAUGGAUCACUAACAGGCAAAAGAGAUUGCGUUUAAUUUGGCAUCACGUCUGACACUGAUUGUGGGCUGAAGGGCCUGUUUCUGUGCUGUUCUCACGUUCUAAGCUGGAGGAGAGCAGUAACAGACACAACUUCUACAUUACUACCA